CUUCCACAUUGACUGGGCGCCCGGCCCCGCGAUCGCGCCCCGGACCUCGGCAGCAGGGUCGGCCAUGGAUCCCAGCUCCCUCGGUUGAUAUUUAAAUAAAACAAAAAUCCAUUCAGCAAAGGGCUUUUAUGAAGAAAUUAAAAAAAAGAAACUACAAGUACUUGAGAAACUAAGCAUUUGUAUACUGGAGAAACCACCUAAAACAACUGUAUGGAAUAAGACAAAUGGCAUGGAUACAUCUGGAAGAAAUUUUACUUACUAUGAUAUUUUUGCCCACCUUUUUCUCAUAAAAGGCUGCUAAAGAAGAGAGAAUAUAGUUUCCUAGAGAAUGAAAGAGUGUAAGGUAAAAAUGGAGACCACAGCUUCUGAAAUUCAAGUAGAAAGUAAAGAUGAAAAGAGGCUGACAGAAGUUAGUUCUCAGGAUGAGAAGCAGGAAGAAAAAGCAUCAAUGCUUUGCUUCAAGAGAAGAAAGAAAGCAGCCAAAGCAGCGAAGCCCAAAGCUGGCUCUAAAGCUGCUGAUGUAGCAAGGAAACCUACCCCAGAAGCUGGAGCCUCUGAUCACCUACCGCCACCAGGGGGAGCCUGGGCCUCAAUCAAACACCUUGUAACACGCAAGAAAAGGUCAGAUUCAAAGCAACAACAGUCUUUAGAGGCUAAAACGCAACCUGAAAUCAAUGCUGAGGACACUGAUCUUUCUAAGAAAAAGGCAAAAUCCAGAUGUAAGAUUCCCUGCAUAAAAUUCUCAAAAGGGGAGAAAAGAAGUGACCAUUCCAAAAUUAUAGAAGACUCAGACUACAGCAUCAAAGUCCAGGGAGAGGCUGAAAGUUUGGAUACAAAAACUCCAACCCAAUCAGAUGACCAGGCAACAAAGACCAAGUUGACCCAGCCUUUAAUAAAUGAAGUUGUCUCACAGAAAGAUGAUGAUGAGGUCUGUGAAUCCAAUGUGAGCAACAGCAUAACUUCUGGAGAGAAUGUGAUUUCAGUAGAACUUGGAAUAGAUAUGGUUCCUUCAGGUAUUCAAACAGGAACUGUAGUCCUUGAAGAAGAGAUUAAGACAAUUGAGGAAAAACAAAAUGUUCAGCCUUCUCCAGCUAUUCAAACAGGAACUGUGGUCCUUGAAGAAGAGAUUAAGACAAUUGAGGAAAAGCAAAAUGUUCAGCCUUCUUCAGCUAUUCAAACAGGAACUGUAGUCCUUGAAGAAGAGAUUAAGACAAUUGAGGAAAAGCAAAAUGUUCAGCCUUCUUCAGCUAUUCAAACAGGAACUGUAGUCCUUGAAGAAGAGAUUGAGACAAUUGAGGAAAAACAAAAUGUUCAGCCUUCUUCAGCUAUUCAAACAGGAACUGUAGUCCUUGAAGAAGAGAUUGAGACAAUUGAGGAAAAACAAAUUGUUCAGCCUUCUUCAGCUAUUCAAACAGGAACUGUAGUCCUUGAAGAAGAGAUUGAGACAAUUGAGGAAAAACAAAAUGUUCAACUUUCUUCAGCUAUUCAACCAGGAACUGUAGUCCUUAAAGAAGAGAUUAAGACAAUUGAGGAAAAACAAAAUGUUCAACCUUCCUCAGCUAUUCAAACAGGAACUGUAGUCCUUGAAGAACAGAUUAAGACAACUGAGGAAAAACAAAGUGUUCAACCUCCUUCAGCUACUCAAACAGGAAAUGUAGUCCUUGAAGAAGAGAUUAAGACAGUUGAGGAAAAACAAAGUGUUCAUACUUCUUCAGCUAUUCAAAUCGGAACUGUAGUCCUUGAAGAAGAGGUUAAGACAGUUGAAAAACAAAGUGUUCAACCUCAGCAAGCAAGCCCACCUGAAACUUCAGCAGCAGAACAUCAGCCUCCAGUGGCUUCUGAUGUUCCUCCCUCCCCUGUAGUAGUCCCAGAUCAACAAAUUGUGGAAGAAGACAAAAGCAGUAUCACAGAAAGUGGACUGAAUUGCGAAGACCAUGAAAGUAGAAAGAUAGUAACUGAAGAGAGUAAACCAAAAGAUACUGAAUUGAGCCAGGAGACAGAUUUUAAAGAAAAUGAAAUCAAUGCAGAGAAACCCAAACCAGAAGAAAGCAAAAGAAUGGAACCAAUUGCUAUUAUUAUUACAGACACUGAAAUAAGUGAAUUUGAUGUUAAGAAAUCUAAAAAUGUCCCUAAGCAAUUCUUAAUUUCAAUUGAAAAUGAGCAAGUGGGGGUUUUUGCUAAUGAUAGUGGUUUUGAAGGUAGAACUUCAGAACAAUAUGAAACACUCUUAAUAGAAACAGCUUCUUCGCUUGUAAAAAAUGCUAUCCAGUUGUCUGUAGAACAGCUGGUUAAUGAAAUGGUCUCUGACGACAAUAAAAUAAACAAUCUUCUACAGUGACUUAAUUUCCAGAUCAUGGGAGAAAAAAUAAGCUUAAUGAUGAAUUAUUUUACAUAUUUGUGGCAUUCAGUGACAAAUGAGAGAUUUAUCAUCUGCAAAAUUUAAAGUUACAAUUCUAGCCUAGAAGUGCUGAAGAAUACCAAGAUCAUAAAGCCUCCUUACCACUGAAAUGUAGUCACUUCUGGGUUGAAGGAAAGCAGUAUGGAUUGCAAUGCAAAGUGAUAUUCAAUGAGUUGCCAAAAUGGCAUGUGAAGAUUGGAGAAGGAAGAUGUAAUUAUUGAGCACUUACAGUAUGCCAUAAUGUCCUCAGAUGUUACAAAGCCUGGCUUCCUUUUGAUGGUUCAACCUUUGUAAUUGUUAAUGUUGCAUUUGGUUUUCAAAACUUGUUUUUACAGUAUAUAUUUCCGUUGUUUAAAAUGGUGAAUAAGGUGAGCUAUUUUUGUGAAUGUGUGAUUUAGUUUUUAUAUCUUUAGGCAGCAGUCUUACCUCAAAAAAGAUGUAUUUUCCCAAUUUCAGCAGAGUAUACGUAUCUGAGUUACAUGUGUUUUUUUUCAGUCCUGCUCAAGUUCCUUACUAAAGCCAUUCACAGAUUCCCUCAAACAGGCAAAUAAUUACCAAGUGCAAAGAUGUGAGAAAGGGAGUGCAUUUUUCCCUCUUCAUCUUUCUUUUGCCCCAAACAGACCACUGUACACCCAUUUCCAUGUGAGAUCAUCUGCUGGAAACAAAGCAAAAAGCAACAACGAAAACAAAAAGAGUGGAAUAUUCUUUCCCAUCCAAGAGAAGGUAAACUUCCCAAGUAAUAAACUAUCACAGAUAACAUAGGACUCAUCUUACAUUUAUCAUAGGAUUACUUCAUCAGCUUCUCAGAGUAGAGAGUGGGUUCAAAGCCAGUUUAGCAGUAAAAAGUUCCAGAGAAUCAUAAUUUAGUAAAAAUAUUCAUUCUUGAUCAAGAAUGAGCCAUGUAAAUGAUUGACUAGAAAACGAAAAGAUACUGCGAAAGCCCAUUUUAUUUUAAAAGUCAGUGUUCUUUCACUGUGCCUAUGUGCUGGAAAAUAUCAGAAAAAAAUACAUGGGUGUUGGAAAUUAACUUUUAUACCAGUAUUUUCAAUCCAGCCAUUCUCUUACAAAAAAGAACUUAAUAUAACAAGGGCUUAUUUGCGUUCCUACUCAAUUAUUUAAAUUAUCGAUCUCAUCAUUGGUUGCCGUAUUUUUUCAAAGUCAUUGAUCUUCUGUGAAAGGGCCAUAACAUUCAUAACACUUCCCUACCUCUCAGGUUAGGGCUCAAAUUGUAUAGUGCCCAUUGUCUAAACUGAGUGGCAGUGUUACUCUGAAAGUGGAUCAAGAAUGAAGAGCUUAUACUCGAGUUGCAAGUUAUUUGUUAAAGAGUAUUUGGACAUUCUUGGAGAAAAUAAUGCACCUUGUAUGAUUUUAAAUGAUCUAGUGAGUUCUUGCAUUUUUAAUAGAUUAACAUAGAAAGUAUGUGCUUAACUUAUCCUAUAGAAUCUUCUUUCUUUCUUUAAAGAAAUAUGGAGACCUCUGAUAGAAUUUAAUCUGACUUUGGAAUUGAACUAAAUAAUGGGUGAUAUUAGCAGGAUUCUUUGCUGAAGUGCAAAAGUAUUUCCCACAUAUUUUCCUAUAUUCAUGCUUUAAUUUGGGGAAAGGGCAUCAAAAUGAAUUUAGCAGGAUGAAAAGUGGAUCUUUCAAAAUACAACCCAAUAAAUUAAUUUCUUUUAAUUAUAUAGUUUUUAAACAAUUUUUUAAAAGACUGCUAAGUCAUUCUCCUUAAAAACACUCUUUUUAAUUCACUAUAUAUGGUGCUAAUGGACUUAGGCAGCUACCAGCUAACAUAUUUAAAAGUGAACAAUUUUUAAAACCUGACUAAGGUUGGUGCAUUUUACAGUGUUUUCAAGAAUAAUUUCUUCUCUUACUGCAAAGAUGUCUCAAGCCCAUAUACUUGCAUUGUAGGUUUUUAGUAAUCCCUCAUGAAUUAGCAAUAAUGCAGCACUUACCAGUUACUGAAAAUAUUUUGAAAGCUUUAGGCAUAUUUGGAAGUUUCAAAAACAGAUAUGUGAUAAAUUAUGUGUAGUUGUUAAGAAAGUAACAUUUUAUCUAACUAGACAUAGAUUUCUACUUUUUUCUUCACUGUGGUUUGAGAUACAUUUUUGGUUAGAGUGUUUUAUGACUGAUUUUUUUUUUAUGAUAAAAUGUGUUCUGUACUUGCAUUCAUUCUUCAGUGACUUCUCAAUCUUUUCUAUUGAGAAUAUCUGGUGAACUAAUAAGUAGGAGUCCAGUUGGAAAAAGAAAUCCAGAAAUUAAUUGGUAUCAAUCUGACUGUAUUUGCUACAUGGCCAAAUCCCAUUACAGUGAACUUCUGACCCAAAUUGUUUUGUUGUUAGAGGGAUAAUAAGAGAGUCAGAUGACUUAGAAAUCUCUCACAAAUUGUUUUAUUAUGAUAGCAUUUAUUUUAAGCAAUUGGACCUUAUAUGCAAGACAUUAAGUGAAUAUAAUAGAUUCCUAUUCAAUUCACAUCCAUUUGACAAUAUAAAAGCCGUCAUUUAAAGGGCAUUUUGACAACAACACAUUUUCAUUUAAAUUCUCUGUGUUAUACGUACUGCUUUUAAUGAACAUUUAUUAAUUGAGAUUCAGUUUCUCUUUGAACUCAGAAUUAUCCAAGCCUAGUUGGUUUAUUGGAUACUUGUUUUUUUUUUUUUUAGUAUAUUAUCUUCCCCUCUUUUCAGAGUCAAGUAUUGUUCACUUUGCUUUACAACACAGUGAAUAUUAAAAUCCUCCUCUUUGUAGCACUAGUCACUUAACAUUUUCUCAAAGUACUUUAUAUGGUAUAAAAAUAGUACCUGAUAACAUUUAAGUAAAGGUAGCAGAAAACAAAAGAACUUUCAAACAGAAAUUAUGUUCCCUGCCACCUCCUCCACCUCAAAGAAUAAUAAGCAUGUGGCACAAAUGGAGUUCUUCAGAAAAGCUAUCUGCAUAAUUUUCUUUGAAGGUAUUCCAUUUGACAGCACAAAUUUGUGAUGAUCUUACUUGGUCUACUAUUUAGUGGAGUCAGAAAACCUCUGAUUAUAGUUCUGAGAGAUUGUCAUUUCACUGAUAUAUGUGAAUAGCCUUCCUGCUAAAGGCUUUUUAGAGAUACAGAUCAUGACAACACCAGUAAAUCUGGCUUCUGCUUCAAUCCAGAGUUAACUUCAUAAAUUUCUUACUUCAAGUUGCCUUAUUUUUUUAUAGUUAAUAAUUUAUUUUUUAGGGAUUUACAGCAGAAUUUUCAAAAUACUUUGGAAUCCCAUUGAAACGAUCCUUUUAAAUCUCAACUUUACUCAAAUAUGUAAAAAUCCAUUUUCUAAUCUCAUUUGGUAUGUAAUGUAUCAGGGACUUUCCUUCCUGCCAUUUCUUCAUUUUAAAAAUCCUCAAAUAAGCUUUACUGUUCUUUGGGUUCAAAUUCCUAUGAUAUUUUAUUGUGAUAUUAAGUUUCUCAUAUAGAAUUAAAAACGAGUAUAUUUUAUGGUAUAAUUCUGAAAAGAAUUUUUUGUAAUGCUCCUUAGUUAAAAAAAAAUCUAACAGAGGGGCCUCCCUGGUGGCCUAGGGGUUAAGUCUCAGUACUAUCACCACUCUGGGCUAAGUUCGAUUCCUGACCAGGGAGUAACCCACAUGGCGCAAUAGACCUCUCCUGUCUCACCCCUGCUCCCCUCAGCAGUACAUUACAGUAGAUCCGCCUGUUCUGCUCCCCACUCUGUCUCUGGUGAAUCCUCUCAUCCCUCCCCCCCUCCACUCCCCGCACCUCUGGCCUAUACCCCAGUUCUACAAAAUAAAAAAUUUAACAGAAGGAAGCUACAUAAAAUUUAGAUGUUCUGAUUAAAUUCAAUUUGAUUCAAUACAACACAGUCAGUAAAGGGGACAGGCUCCCUGAACUUUAAGAACUCAACUUUAAGAACUCAACUCAGCAACAGAAACUGAGACAGGGGUAAAGCACAGAACCACAGGUAAUGUGGCAUCAUGAGUGCCAGAGAGGGUAUGAAAAUAGAGCAAUUUAAUUUUGUCUGGUGAGCAAAGGUGAUCAUCUAAAUGCAGGGUUGAAAGCAGUCAGUUUCUAAAUAAACAGUAUAUUCUGAUUUGUGAACAGGUGCAGAAAAAAGCUUGCAUAAUGUUACAUAUUUAUAGUAGUUCUUUGUCUGUAAAAAUGUUAAGUGGAUGAGCUAUUAUGAAAGUAAAAGUUCCAUUUGAUAUUUCUCAUUAAAACUAGUAGUAUAUUACUGUGGAUCAGAUGCUAAUAUUAAAGAAAUAAUACUCUGUAGAAAGGAUUUCAAUUUGAAUUAAUAUAUGUACUAUUAAUACAGAAUAAAUGUUAUAUUGGCUCAUGUUUAUUUUACUUAUCCAAAUCUCUUUAGAGAAAUAUGGUAUAUUAUGCUCAUUUUCGCUACCAGAAGUUCUCCUCUGCUGAUUGGUGUUGGACAGAUUUCACAAUGACAUGCCUAAUAGAGCCUACCUCCAGCAAAAAGAAACACAAACCUAGAAAGCCUAGAACUUGGGUUCAGUUUAAUUGAACUCAUUCCACCUAAGGGUAAUUCUGACUUUGAUGCCAUUUGUGAAUUUGACAAAAGUAUACUUGUUUUUAUCAUUUCUUGCUAUACUCAUAGCAUUGUCUUUUC